AUGACGUUGUACAAUGCGCUUUACGGCUGCUUGUUCUUCGUGACUGAGCUGAGCUCCAAGGCAGAUGUCAUUCAGGGGAUCGAGGAUCAGCCACAGAUGAGGCCCGCCUCCGGCAGCUUAUCCAGCAGCGGUGGCGCCAAGCCAAAGACGUGGCGGGUGAGCAAUCUGGACGACGGUCGGAGCCGCAACAGCUGCAGCGACUCUGAGAAAGCCUCCCCCGAGGAUCGGCCACAGAUGAGGCCCGCCUCCGGCAGCUUAUCCAGCAGCGGUGGCGCCAAGCCAAAGACGCGGCGGGUGAGCAAGCUGGACGACGGUCGGAGCCGCAACAGCUGCAGCGACUCUGAGAAAGCCUCCCCCGAGGAUCGGCCACAGAUGAGGCCCGCCUCCGGCAGCUUAUCCAGCAGCGGUGGCGCAAAGCCAAAGACGCGGCGGGUGAGCAAGCUGGACGACGGUCGGAGCCGCAACAGCUGCAGCGACUCUGAGAAAGCCUCCCCCGAGGAUCGGCCACAGAUGAGGCCCGCCUCCGGCAGCUUAUCCAGCAGCGGUGGCGCCAAGACAAAGACGUGGCGGGUGAGCAAUCUGGACGACGGUCGGAGCCGCAACAGCUGCAGCGACUCUGAGAAAGCCUCCCCCGAGGAUCGGCCACAGAUGAGGCCCGCCUCCGGCAGCUUAUCCAGCAGCGGUGGCGCAAAGCCAAAGACGCGGCGGGUGAGCAAGCUGGACGACGGUCGGAGCCGCAACAGCUGCAGCGACUCUGAGAAAGCCUCCCCCGAGGAUCGGCCACAGAUGAGGCCCGCCUCCGGCAGCUUAUCCAGCAGCGGUGGCGCCAAGCCAAAGACGCGGCGGGUGAGCAAGCUGGACGACGGUCGGAGCCGCAACAGCUGCAGCGACUCUGAGAAAGCCUCCCCCGAGGAUCGGCCACAGAUGAGGCCCGCCUCCGGCAGCUUAUCCAGCAGCGGUGGCGCAAAGCCAAAGACGCGGCGGGUGAGCAAGCUGGACGACGGUCGGAGCCGCAACAGCUGCAGCGACUCUGAGAAAGCCUCCCCCGAGGAUCGGCCACAGAUGAGGCCCGCCUCCGGCAGCUUAUCCAGCAGCGGUGGCGCCAAGCCAAAGACGUGGCGGGUGAGCAAUCUGGACGACGGUCGGAGCCGCAACAGCUGCAGCGACUCUGAGAAAGCCUCCCCCGAGGAUCGGCCACAGAUGAGGCCCGCCUCCGGCAGCUUAUCCAGCAGCGGUGGCGCCAAGCCAAAGACGCGGCGGGUGAGCAAUCUGGACGACGGUCGGAGCCGCAACAGCUGCAGCGACUCUGAGAAAGCCUCCCUCGAGGAUCAGCCACAGAUGAGGCGCGCCUCCGGCAGCUUCUACGGCAGCGGUGGCGCCAAACCAAAGACGCGGAUGGUGCGCAAGCUGGACGACAAGGACGGAAGGCUGGACGACAAGGACGGAAAGCAGGAGAGCGCCGCAGCUCGAAUCAAGUCGAGACGCGGCCAGCUGCUGCCCAGCAGGGCUACAGCGUGCCAUGCCACGCGGCCUCUUCCUCGGGUGGCGUGA